AUGUCUGGUCUCUUUGGCAGCGCGGCGGCCUCGACUCCGAGCAACACCGUCGGCGAUCUUAAGGGGGACGUUGCUUUGAGCAACCCUCCCGAGGACAGCAUCUCGGAUCUUGCCUUUUCUCAUGCCCAGAACCAAUCAAGCGAUUUCCUGGCGGUCGCGAGUUGGGACAAGAAGGUUAGGAUAUACGAAAUUUCACCAACUGGCCAGAGCGAGGGAAGACACGCCUACGAGCACGAUGGCCCUGUUCUCAGCUGCGAUUUCUCCAAGGACGGUACGAAAGUCCUCUCGGGCGGCGCCGACAAGGCCGUGAAGGCCUGUGAUUUGGCCAGCCAGCAGACCAUCAAGAUCGGCGAGCACGGUCAGCCCGUAAGAUGCGUCCGUUUCUUCGAUUCGGCCAACGGCACCAUGGCUGUGUCGGGAUCGUGGGACAAGACAGUCAAGUACUGGGACAUGCGCUCGCCAACGCCCGCUGCGACGCUGGAGUGUCAGGAGCGUGUCUACUCGAUGGACGUCCGCAAUGACCUUCUCGUCAUCGGCACUGCCGACCGUUACAUCAACGUUGUCGACCUCAAGAACCCGACCAAAUUCUACAAGACGCUGCAGAGCCCCCUCAAGUGGCAGACCAGGGUUGUCAGCUGCUUCACCGACGCCGCCGGCUUUGCUAUUGGCAGUAUCGAGGGCCGCUGCGCCAUUCAAUAUGUUGAAGACAAGGAUCAUAGCUCGAACUUCUCUUUCAAGUGCCACCGCGACCCUCCCGCGAACAACGUCACCAACGUCUACGCCGUCAACGAUAUCUCCUUCCACCCCGUCCACGGCACCUUCAGCACUGCCGGCUCGGACGGAACCUUCCACUUCUGGGACAAGGACGCCAAGCACAGACUCAAGGGCUACCCGAACGUGGGCGGCAGCAUCACGGCAACGACGUUCAACAAGACGGGCUCCAUCUUUGCUUACGCCAUCAGCUACGACUGGAGCAAGGGAUUCCAGCACAACACGCAGCAGUACCCCAACAAGGUCAUGCUGCACCCUGUUCAAGCGGACGAGUGCAAGCCUCGCCCGGCCCUGAAGAAGCGAUGA